GGCCUGAACUUCAGCGGAGAAGAAAACAGCUUCCUUGACGUCAGCCACGCUACAGUUCAGUUGUCCAAGAUGGCGGAGGUGAGCGGGCUGAGGAGCAGAAAUCACUUCGAGCCCAACUGCAAAAACCGAGUCGUUGGCGAAGGCCUGAGCGGUGUGGAAGAUGUUCCCAAUUUUCGGCAUAAGCAGACGCCUCCUUUAGCCAGACCCGAAGACCUGGAUGAAGAACCGCUUCUCACUAAGAGGGCCUCACAAUCACGCAAAAAUGCCAGCCUCACCCCGUCAACAGAUGAGGAAUUUCUGCAGGAAGAGGUUGCGGUAGAGGAAGAAAAGGCCAGACCCAUCCAGAUUGUUCUGGCCAACGAGGAUGAACACAGCUUUGAACUGGAUGCCGCAGCGCUGGAGAAAAUCCUGCUGCAGGAUCACGUGAAGGACCUGAACGUUGUGGUCGUGUCUGUGGCCGGGGCCUUUCGCAAGGGCAAGUCGUUCCUGCUGGACUUCAUGCUGCGCUACAUGUACAACCAGAAGGAGAACAACACGUGGAUAGGAGGCGACGAUGAGCCUCUGACAGGGUUCACCUGGAGAGGAGGCUGCGAGAGGGAAACCACAGGAAUUCAAAUCUGGAGCGAGGUCUUUGUGGUGGACAAGCCUGAUGGCAGCAAGGUUGCCGUGCUGCUUGUUGACACUCAGGGAGCAUUUGACAGCCAGUCCACCAUAAAGGACUGCGCCACGGUGUUUGCUCUCAGCACAAUGACCAGCUCCGUGCAGGUUUACAAUCUAUCCCAGAACAUACAGGAGGACGAUCUGCAGCAUCUGCAGCUCUUCACAGAAUAUGGCCGGCUGGCAAUGGAAGAGAUCUACCUGAAACCUUUCCAGUCCCUUAUGUUCCUGAUUCGGGACUGGAGUUACCCUUAUGAACACGACUAUGGACUGAAAGGAGGAAACUCCUUCUUGGAGAAGAGACUGCAGGUUAAACAGAACCAACACGAAGAGUUGCAGAACGUGAGGAAGCACAUCCACUCCUGCUUCUCCAACAUCGGCUGCUUCCUGCUGCCACAUCCCGGCCUCAAGGUGGCUACUAACCCGAACUUUGACGGCAGGCUGAAAGACAUCGAUGAUGACUUUAAAAGGCAGCUGACCAAGCUGGUGCCUCUGCUCCUGGCUCCUGGACGACUGGUGGAGAAGGAGAUCGGAGGCAACAAAGUCACCUGCAGAGAUCUUCUGGAGUACUUCAAGGCUUAUAUCAAGAUCUACCAAGGGGAGGAACUGCCUCACCCAAAGUCCAUGCUGCAGGCGACAGCAGAAGCUAACAACCUGACCGCUGUAGCAGGAGCCAAAGACAUGUACAGCAAGAACAUGGAGCAGAUCUGCGGCGGGGACAAGCCCUACAUUGCCCCGGCUGACCUGGAGCGCUGCCACGACGAGUUCCGCGAGCACUCUGUGCAUUUCUUCCGCUCCGUGAAGAAAAUGGGCGGCGAUGAGUUCUGCCAGCGCUACCAGAACCAGCUGGAGUCAGAGCUGGACGAGGCCUACACCAACUUCUCCAAACACAACGACGGCAAAAACAUCUUCUACGCAGCACGGACGCCCGCCACGCUCUUCGCAGUCAUGUUCGUUACCUACGUGGUCUCUGGGGUGACGGGCUUCAUCGGCCUUAGCACCUUAGCGGCACUCGCUAACCUGGUCAUGGGAGUUGCGCUGAUGACGCUCUGCGCCUGGGCGUACGUCAAGUAUUCUGGAGAGUUUCGAGAGGUGGGAGCGGCGAUAGACCUGGUGGCCGACACAAUCUGGGAACAGGUUUUGAAGCCUCUAAGUGAACAAUAUAUGGAGGACAGCGUCAGACAGACGGUGGUAAACUCCCUCAAAGCCAGUUUGACUGAACAGGCCUCACAGCAUACCAAGUUAAAGACUCACUGAUGCUCUUCCUCCUCCUCCUCCUCUUCUUCGUCGUCGUGUUCUUCACCCUCCCACAUACUCACUCAUCGCGUUCAGCCGUAGGACUGGGGAACUAGUUCAACACCAAAGCUCUUUUUAUUUGCCCCCCCUCCCUCCCAAAUCACUUGGCUGCCCUGUCUUUUAUUUGUCUGCUGUGGACCUGUAGGCUCGCAGGCUGCCCUGCUCUUCAUCGCCCCCCAGUGCCUCAAAUCAGAUACUGCAUGAGAGGACAGAGCAGAGAAGCUGGCUGCGUCAACUCUUGCCAAAACCUGAAGGAUGUUCUGCCGUGUGCCAUGCUGUGAUAGAUGAGUUUGUAAUUUAGGUUGACUGACACCCACACACACACACCUACACACACACACACACACACACACACACACACACACACACACACACACACACACACACACACAGACUGCACUCACUGUAGGACAGAGCUGUAAUUCAGGGAAAACUGACAUCGCUGUAGGUAGCUGUUGUCAACAUUGGAUGCAAACUGAAACCCUUUUAAUGCAAUCAUUUUGUCUUAAAGGCCAGACAUUUCACAGCUCUUCCUCUUCAGUCUGAUGAUAACACAACACAAGCACAACGACUAAUCGACUCAGAAAACUGUUGAUAAUGAUUGUUCUCUUCUUUGAUCCUUGACAAGCUGGAGAGACAAAUGAAACGGUCAAAUUUGUCUGGAACAAAAAUGAUUACAGAAAAUUCAGCUAAGCUGUAUUUCUUCUCUGUCUGCCUCCAUUAGUUAUUGUCUCACACUACAUUUACAGAACUGAACUCUGGGCUCAGGUUGCUUCUAGAUGACAUACCUGUACAUCUUGGAAAUAUUGUGAUCGUCAAACUGAAGAGCUGUAUGAAGCCUCGAAUCCUCUCGGCUCAUUUUCUUUUUGUUUGUUUUGUUAUUUUAGGACCUGACGUGUUUUACUUGGCCUUCACUUUCUUGUAGCGGACCUGUGCAUGGUGUUCAGAGCGACUGUGUUGUGUGGUGAGGAGCUUUUAGAGCCCAGAUGUAGUGAUGUAGUUCAUUUCAAGUCCUCUCCUCUGCUGCAGGUGGUUGAGGCGUAAGAACCACAGGCUGUACGUUUCAUUCUUAGUCCAGCUCAGAUGUUUGCUAAAUCAUUCAUGGAUUAAAACACCUGUUGUUGCCAUUUUUAACUUUAAGGAAGCAAAAUAUAUGAAUCAACUCUCUUGUUGAUGGAAAGCUUGUUAGCUUAGCAUAGAGCCUGGAACCAGUGAGCUUGUGUUCUUCUCUGUUCUGCUGGUUUUAACUUUGAACAGAGUCGUGCUGGCUGUUCCCUGUGUGUCCUGUCGUUAUGCUAAGCUAACCAGCUGUAGCUUUAUGUUUAACUGAACGGCUGAAGAGUAGUAUCAAUCUUUUCUGUCUCCCAAUGUUCCUUUAACUGACAAGAUAAUUCAGUCCACUGCUGACGAUUUCUCUAACUGAGCUGGAUCUACUCAAAGCAGCUCAUAAUGAAACUGUAAUUUUUUUCCGCUACAGUAACUUCUUUGAAUAAAUCAGCAAUUUUAUAUUAGCUCAUCACACUAACAGCUGCACCACAUCUGUCUGAGCUCUCUCACAUUGAUUCCAUCCACAUACUUUCUCACCUCAAGCGCCAGUCUGUACAGUCUCUUUGUCUUCAUAUUACAGAUCAGGCAUGUAUGUCGGAUUAAAUAUUUAAAUACACUUUGUAUACGUUUUAUAGUGAAUCAGUUGACAAUGACUUUUUGUUUUGUUUGUUUUUUCCUCUUUCUCCUCCUGAUCAACUUACCAGUCGGUGGUUUGUUAAAGACACAUGCUGUAGGUUUACAUUAGUUUUCCUUUUAGAGGGGAACCAACAGAAACGUGUGAAUAUUCAGAUAGGAAGAUCUUGUUGAUUGUGACGAGUGGGUCCGAGACAUUGUCUGUCUGCCUUUUAAAGAUAUCUCUGGUAAUUUAUUUUUGAAUAAAAUGUUUACCUUUAAGAAUAAAUCAUCAAUACAA